CUCGUCACAUCUGGUCUCGGGAGGACAUGGCAACAGAACUCAACAACUUGGAUUUGGAGGCCCAGAGUGCGGGGCGCGGAAUAGCAGGAUACGAUUUGAUGGGAAAGUUGAUGGGAGAAUACCCUGAAACGGCAAUAUUUCGAAGCUUCUGCUCUUUCUCCGCCGAAAACCUCCUCUAUCUCCAGGCAGAACUUGUCACUCUAGAAAACGAGUUGCGCGAUGCUCAAAGAGAAGACCAAACCUCACCCCACAUUGAGAGGCGACGGUACGCAGUGAACUGGGCUAGACUCAGCGGCUCGCUUGACGCAGAGGCUUCACACCAGGACGAUGGAACUCAGUGGGCGACUGUGUUGGAAAUGAGAAGCAAAAUGAGAGAAUAUCAUGAGGCAUUGCUACUACACCGGGACAUAGUCAAGCUUGCUAGACCGAGACGGUCGGGACUUCAAUUCUUACAAGAGUGGAUGAGAAGGACAACCAUGGGCAAUGUCCGACUUGUUGGCGCUGAUAAAGACAUCUGGUCUAAACAAGACUGCAGAGAUCUCGUAUGUGUUGAUGAGUCCGACACUUGGGCAACCCAAUCACUGGUGUUGCUGUAUCAUGACUACAUCGGGAAGCGCAUUCAUAAACCGGACAAAUCCAAGCUACACCUUCGCAACUCGAUUGACUACGACAACAAAGUAGUUGAACGAAUCGGCAAGGCCCUUACGACCGUCAUCGGAGGCUUGCUUCCAGUGGUUUCCAUUAUCGCCCUUUACGUCAUCCAUGACAUGGCGACGAGGCUUGGAUUGCUUGCCCUGUUUACCGCCAUCUUCUCGUUGUGCCUCACCGUCGCCACUAAGGCGAAGGUGACAGAGAUUUUCGCGGCAACGGCAGCAUUCGCCGCUGUUCUGGUCGUAUUUGUCGGAACAAGUGGGCCAAGAUGAUAUGAAAUAGGAAUGAGAUCGAGAGAUUACCACAAUGUGCUCAGUAGACGGUAUUAUCGUCACCAGCAAUAGCUUCAACGGUAGCAAAAGGCUCUAAACAAGGGAAUAAAAAUGGAACGAAGAAAGGAGAGGACUGGUGCAGGAAAGGGGUAAAGAGGAGCGAGUGCGGUCUAUCCGAGUAACAGCAGCAAGGUCGAGUCAUGCACAGAUCGUGUUGUUCCAGCCUAUGACUAUAGGUAGUUACUGUCCAUUGGUUCUUAUACCACAAGAAGAUCCAAG